UUCCGUGAGAGCCGUGUUGCCCCACCCCACCUCUCACCGCUAUCUCUCUCUCUACAUGUACGAUCCUCACACAAACAAGGGGGACACAAUCAUCCACAGUGACACCGAGAAGAAACCACUCUCUGCUGCUCCAAGACACACCGACACACCGACCACCGGUUCACUGCCGGUGCAACAACACAGCAGCAGUAAACGUGUGGACCAGUCAGUGAUGGAACCACCGCGCUCUGUUCAUGUCUCAGACACAUGUAACAUCUGAUCCACCACACCGACUCACCGGGAAUACAACCAGCUGAGAGAGCUCACAGACAGCUGGACCUGCGACCAACCGGGAGAUAAACGGAGGAAUAAACACCGAGCAUCACCUGGAUAUCACCUCAUAUUCAUCAAGGACAUCCAGCUGCCUCCCCGGUGUGAGGAGGAGACGGUAACGUUACCGGAGAGAGAGAAGAGGACGGAGACGGAGACGGAGACGAGGCCUUUUCUUCUUCUGGGUCUGGUCAAACCCAACGAGAAAACACACCAGCAUCUGUUGACGAGGAGAGGAAAUCAUCAAACAGGAUCUUAUUGAUAAGGCUGCUAUAAUAACAUCAUCCUCCUGCUGCUGCUGCUGCCUAUAAUAAACGGUGCAUAUAAUAAUAAUGUGAUAGAGAGAGAAGAAGAAGAGCUUGAUGGUGAUUCACAUGCCGUCAUUUUAAUAUAGGAAAUAUUUAUUUUUUUAUUUUUUUCCUCCACCUUAAUAACCCCCUCUGAUGUGCUGUUGUUAGCUGGAUUGCAAACAACCCUUAAAAAAAUAUAUCUUUAAAAAAAAAAAAAAAAAAGGUGGAGAAAAAAUAGGUGUUGUGUGUAGUAGAAAAUGAAUUGAAUGGCAGUGUGAGAGAUAAUCUGCCGAAGAUGGGCUCCGGAGGAGACAUUUGCUGAGAAUAUUUAACCCUAAUAGUCUGGAUAUAUAUAUAUAAAUUAAAUUGAAACCCUCCUUUAUGGAUACAGGACUGUCAUUGAUGUGCAUUGCCAGGCUGGAGAAUCUCACAUCCACUCUCUCAUAUCAAUGUUGAUGACUUCAUUGCGGAUUUACAGUGAAAAACACAAGAAUCAAGCUUCUCUGAGAGGGCGGCAUCGAUGCUCUGCUGCUUUUUUCUUUUUUUUUUUUUGUGCUGAUAAAUUGCCAGUAAAUCCAUCCAUAUAGGCUGCAUAUUGUGCCAAAAGCCUGGUGGAGCCUACUUUACCUUUUCACAUCUGGCAACAUAAAUGUCACCCAUUUUGAGCCAGGUGUUCCUCUGUUGGGCCAGUCUAGGAAUUUAGGAUUUUUUCUUCUGAUCAACACCCUCCUUCCUCCUUCCUCCUUCCUCCAUCCUUCCCAACACCUACCUACCUACACCCAACCACCCAUCCAUCCUGCCUCCCAUCCUGAACCUAUCACUGGGUUUUUUUGGGAAGAUGGGCUGUCUUGGCAAUAGUAAGACCGAAGACCAACGAAAUGAGGAGAAGGCACAGAGGGAAGCCAACAAAAAGAUAGAGAAGCAGCUCCAGAAAGACAAACAGAUAUACCGUGCCACUCACCGGCUACUACUAUUAGGAGCCGGUGAAUCCGGCAAAAGCACGAUAGUCAAACAGAUGCGAAUAUUGCACGUAAAUGGCUUCAAUGCAGAAGAAACACAGGCUGCUGUCGACAAAAUACACUGCACGGGGUCACUCAGAAGAAAUCACACCAUGUGCAGGGAGAAAAAACAGAAAAUUCAUGAUAUUAAAAACAACAUUAAAGAAGCUAUAGAGACAAUUGUGUCUGCCAUGACUACGCUCACACCGCCAUGCAAGUUAGCCUGUCCUGCAAACCAAUGCCGAAUCGAUUAUGUCAUGAACAUAGUAAACCAGAAGGAUUUCGAGUUUCCUUCGAGGGACCCGUCCUCCAGAAACACAGAGGCUCUGAGGGAUUCCCCCCUGAGCUGCAGUCUGCUCCUGACGGCCGCUCAGAGACUCACUGCAUUGUCAAAAAUGGUGUUUUAUGACCAUGCAAAGAUCCUCUGGCAGGACGAGGGUGUGCGGGCCUGCUGGGAAAGGUCCAACGAAUAUCAACUCAUCGACUGCGCACAGUACUUCUUAGACAGGAUUGAUGUGGUCAGGCAGAAUGACUACACACCCACUGAUCAGGACCUGUUGAGAUGCAGAGUGCUGACGUCUGGGAUCUUCGAGACACGAUUUCAAAUAGACAAAGUCAAUUUCCACAUGUUCGAUGUUGGAGGUCAGAGGGAUGAACGUCGGAAAUGGAUCCAGUGUUUUAACGACGUGACAGCCAUCAUCUUUGUGGUGGCGAGUAGCAGCUACAACAUGGUGAUCAGAGAAGACAAUCAGACCAACAGACUACAGGAAGCCCUCAACCUUUUCAAGAACAUCUGGAACAACAGGUGGCUACGGACCAUUUCGGUAAUCCUCUUCCUGAACAAGCAGGACCUGCUCGCUGAGAAGGUUUUGGCAGGGAAAUCUAAAAUUGAGGAGUAUUUCCCGGAGUUUGCACGCUACACUACACCUGAUGAUGCAAUACCAGAGCCAGGUGAGGAUCCCCGCGUCACAAGGGCAAAGUACUUCAUUCGGGAUGAGUUUCUGAGGAUCAGCACAGCCAGCGGGGACGGACGGCAUUACUGUUACCCCCACUUCACCUGCGCGGUCGACACGGAAAACAUCCGGCGCGUCUUCAAUGACUGUCGCGACAUCAUACAGAGGAUGCACCUACGGCAGUAUGAGCUCUUGUGAUGGGCAGCAGCGUUCCGGCCUACUUAUCUAUCUACCUAUCUACCCCCCCCCAACUCCACUCCACUCCACCACGACCAGUUAGCCAAUCACCUCCUCCCCCCUCCACUUCCACCAACUUCACCAAACAGCCGAGCCCUCCCCUCCAUCAUGAUACUUCUCCCGGUAACACGACUUCAGAAAAUCAGAACAGUGGAAAGUCUGUUUUUUUUUUUUUUUUAAAGGAAACACAGUUAACAUUUUCAUCAGCCAUUAGCCGGGACUGACUGCUGUACUCAGCUACACUCUGACCCAGGAAAGAGGGUCAAGACUGGAAUCCCUCAGUGCAGGCUAUCCCUCCUUUUAGCUCUCUGUCUCUCUCUCAGAUAUAUCAACACACACACACACACACUUUGCAGGUACACACACUACAGCAAAAGACAUUCAGAGCCCUCAGAUAGGUUUUAAUGUCUCAUAUCGCACACACACACACACACACACACACACACACACACAGACCCUUUUAAAACCAAGUCCUCUUGCUUUUAACAGUUGGCAGAGGCUGAAUUAAAUAAUGCAUUCUGAGGGAGAGGAGUUUAUUCUCUGCGUGCCGAAGACGACGGCGGCGGAGGAGGAGAAGAAGAGAACAAUGGACACGGAGGGUGGCGAACUGAUACAGAGGAGGGCUGUGAGCCUUUUUGUCGCCCCGAACAGACGGACUAAUUGACUAACGGCUGCCCGUGGACAUGAGCGUGACUCGAUCACAAGACGACGCGGCUCACAUGACCCGCUCUUCAAGAAACCAGUCAAGGAGGGAUGGCAGAAAACAACAAAAAAAAACAGGAAGAAAAAAAUACCAUACAAUGCAUAAAUUCGUGCAUACCAGUGAACUUCAUGCAGUGCAAAAAAUCCAAGCUAUAUAUAUAUAGAUAUUUAUAUAUGUGUGUAUAUAAAUAUGUAUAUAUAUAUGUAUAUGUAUAUGUAUAUGUAUAUAUAUAUAUAUAUAUAUAUAUAUGUGUGUAUAUAUAUAUAUAUAUGUGCAUAUAUAUAUGUAUAUGUAUAUAAAUAUUAUAUAUUCCUGUAAUAACACAAAUCAACUUUUAAGUUUUUGUUAGUUUUUACCCCAUGUUGUGUGUCGGUGUACACUGUGUGUGAUCUGCCCUUGUGCACCAUUUAAACCCCCCCUAUCCACACACACACACACACACGCACGCACGCACACCACACACACACACACACACACACACACACAAACACACACAAAAACACACAAACACACACACAUCCUCGCCCCCCCUGCCCCUGCUGCUAUUUGACAACUACUCAACAUAUGGAAAAUAUUUAAUAAGGAAAAAACCCUAACACAAAAAGGAAAGCAUGAAGAAAAUGACUUAUCAAGACUGGAUGCAACAUCUUUACCUGGAACACACACACACACACACACACACACACACACACACACUAACACGCACACACACACUCUCCAGCCCUCAUUAGCCCCCCCCCUCUCCUCUUCCACACGAUGUCCUCCCCCCUCACCUUUCGUCUUAUUCUCUCACCUCUCCCCGUCCCACUUCCCGUCCCUCCCGGCUUUAAGUACGUCUGUCUUUAUUUUACUGCUGGACUAUUAUUCUUGUACAGACUGUAAAAUGUAUUAUUUUGUACAACUUUAUUGAAGAAAAAAAAAUAACUUGUAGAAGAUCCCUGUGCCUUGAUCACGACUGUACGUGUAAAAAUGAGCUAAUAUGUAAGUUAUGUUUCACUGCGCUGUACAGCUGGACGGGUCUGCCCCACCUAGUCCGUGCUGGCUCGCCCCUCCGCUGGAGGCCGGGGGGAGGGGCAUCGGAUCGGGGCGGAGGCCUUUCGUCUGUGGCUUUAAGUACGUCUUUCUGCUUAGGUUUUUUUUUUUCUCCCCACAUUUGUUUGUUCGUUGAUUCGUUUGUUUUGCUUUGACUCUCCUCUGGUUUAUAUAAUAGGAUUUGAAAAACAAAAAAAGAAGAAAAAAAAAAGAUAAUCAGACACACCACCUUAAUGCUGUGUAGUAAAAGAGACUGAACCCUAACACAAUUUAAUAUAUAUAAAAUAUAUUUCAGAUUUUAUAUUUUAUAUAUAUGUACUGUACACUUAUAUCUAUCUCCCUUGUGAGCUGUCCCCCCCCCCUCCAGGUUUCCUUUUGCUUUCUGUCAGUAACAUCUGCAUACGUUUUUCGGAAGGUGGUGAUUCUGGGUGCAACGGGAUGGGUAUUCAUUUGUUUUUUUUAUUUUCAUUUUAGCUUUAACUCUUUUGAAGGAGAGGGGAAUCCAGUUGCAAAACAUUGCUUGUUUCUACAUAAACCAAAUUCUUUUUGCUUAAACAAGAAGAAACGGU